UUCUCCUCCGUACUCUCUCCUUUUCCUUCCAUACGAAGAAAUUUAUAGAAGGAAAAAAGAAAAAGAAAAAGGCUAAAGGAGCAAAGAAAGUUUCGUUCGAUCGAUUCGAACAAAUCGGUACGCUUUUGCGAUCAUUGGGAAACGAUAUAUGUGUUCUCGAAUCACUUGGAAUUUCUUGAAUUCUUUAAAGCUCGGAAUUCAAAAAAGCGAAGGAUUCGGAGAAUAAUCUAACGGCAACUUUCUUGCUCUGAGUGAUUAAUGAGAGAAUAAAUGGGAUUCCGAUUCCGUUUGCUUUCAUUGAGUCCCUAAAAACUCGUCGUUUUUAGUUCGCUUUAGUUUCCGGGGUGGCUUUGGUUUGAGUCCUUUGGCAGUAAGCAGAAGAGAGAGAGCUUCUAGGAGAAGUGAUUCUUACACAGCCUCAUCUUUUUACUGGAGAUUGUUGGGGUUUAAGAGAGGUUCUUCACCUCUUGGAUUUCGCUAGUCUCCUGAUUGAAGCCGUUGAUAAAAGAGAAGUGUUUAAAUUGUUCUUUGAAAGAUACUUUCUAUGCCUCACGUGAGCAUAAAUAUACAGGGUUUUCAGAAAUGAGGAAGUUCUUUUCCUUCAGAUCUUCUUCAUCCAGCAAUGCAAACAGAAAUCCAACACCUACAACUCCUGUAUCUUCCAGAAAGGUCAACAGCUAUCGGGAGACACAAGGUCAGAAUGAUGCAAAAAUUCCAGUGGUUGAAAAGAUUCAGGAUGGCUCUCAAAUGCUCAAGUAUUCUGCUUUUAAGCCAGUGAAACAACACCAGGAAAGUGAUAUUUCAUCUUGUUCACAUCGUAGAAGGAGCCUUUCAUUUUCCUCUGCAAUUCAAAGUGGCACAGGAGAAGGAAAUACGCAUUAUUUAAGCAAUUUAAGAAGAUCACCAUCUAGCUGUGGAAGCUCACCCUGUCAUGUGACUGAAUGCCAUUCACACUGCAAUCCUCAGAGUCCGGAAAGUUGUACAAGACCUAAAAGAGGUGGUCAGUCUGUAGUUCGGCAUUUGCAUGCUGUUGAGGAACUGGAUUCUUCUUGUUCAUCCAAAGGUUGUCAAUGUUUAUCAGGAAAUUCACCUUACAAGUCUCCAAUUCCACUAAGAUGCAAGGCUGCUCGCCUAACUCAGGUUUUAGAUAGAAACAGACUUCUAGACCACUACAUUGAUGGAGAGCAUCAGGAAAUCAAAUCCCAGAAGGAUUCUCAGAACCAUUUUCCUGAUACUGAAAAUGAUUGUUGUCUAGCAAAGAAUAAAGCAUUUCCCUGCUCAGGAAGGUCACCAUGUGCUCAAUGUGUGGUACCAUCUUCACCAUCAUAUAGCAAAGAGAACCUUAGAACCUACUCAUUUAGGGAAGUAAAAGAUAUCUGUUGCCACCUUUGUAUGCAAGAUUGGACAAGAGAUGAUCUCAGGCCAGCAUUUACACAGAGGCAUACAAAAAAGACUCAAGAGAAUCCAUUGCAUGCAUUGCAUGAGAGAUCUAUGAUGAAAUCACAAGAUUAUGACUCUGAAACUAUUACAACAAUUGAAGAUAUAUAUGAGGAUUCAUCAGACCCACAGCCCACUUUUAGUUCAAAUGACAUUGGCCAACAUUGUUCUACUGAUUGCUCUCCACCUUAUGAGAAUUUUAAUGACUAUUGUAAUAAGGAGUUGUUGGGUUUUCAAAGUCAAAAUUGUUUUCUCAAAAAUAGUUCAAUGGGCAAUAAAAAUGAUAAAUCCACAAGUUCUGUGCUAUUGGAAUGGGAUAUAGACGAAGAGUUACUUAAGAAGGUGAAGGAGGUCGAACAAAUGAUCGUGCUUCUAUCUGAGGAAGACUUGGAGCUGGUAGAACUUCAGAACUGCAGCUUAAAUGCGCCAGCAUUGCUGCAGACAAUUAGGAAUAUUAGUGAAGACAGGAAAAACUUGGCAGUUGAGCUCUUAUCACAGAUAAAGUUCCGACUUGCAGAGAGGUCUGAUGCAAAAGAGGGGUGGAAACUGGCUAGGUUAGAACUAGACAUUCGAACUAGGAGGCUGGAAAAGGAGAAGAAUGAACUGCAAUCGAGUUUAGAGAAAGAAUUGGACAGAAGGUCCAGUGACUGGUCCUUGAAGCUUGAAAAGUUUCAGUCUGAGGAGCAGAGGCUUCGGGAACGGGUAAGAGACCUGGCAGAGCAAAAUGUAUCUCUUCAGAGGGAAAUAUCUUCACUUAAACGUUUUGAGGUGGAUACCAGAAAUCGGAUGUUGAAUUCUGAAAUGCAAGUAAAUGAUCUGACAGCUAGUUUGGAGCAAGCAAGGACAGAGAAUCAUGACUUCCAUCAAGCCUUAUCAGAGUUGCAGGAACGCUUGAAUGGCACAGAAGAAGAUCGGGAUUCUAUAAGAAGAAGCUACAAGGAGAAAGAAAGGGAGAACAAGGAAUUGCAGAAAGUGGUUGUACAUUUGCAAAGGGUGUGCACCGAACAAGAUAAGACAAUCAAUGGUUUGAGACGGGGCUUUACUGAUGAAAUUGGAAAGCAAUCAAUAGAGAGAGUCGAUCAUGAAAGUAUGUUGCAGAUGGAGAUAUUGAGAUUGACAGGUGUGGAACAAAACCUAAGGAAGGAGAUGGAGUCUUUGAGGCAUGAACUGGAAUCCCUGAGGCAUGAGAACAUAGGCCUUUUGAAUCGCCUGCAUGCUACUGGAAAUGGCUGCGGGUUCUCCACAAUUAAACUUGACCAGGAGCUUUGUGCACAAGUAGAUUUCUUGCAGAAUAAGGGCUUGUCCUUGCUCCAUGAUUUUGAUCACUUUACUGGUGAGUUAUUGGGCUUUAUAAAUCACAAGAAGACGUGUGAACAUGACCAACAAGCUAACAAUGACUUUGAUGAAUAUCCAUUUGCUGACUACACUAUGAAAUAUCAGAGUUUAAGGAGAGGACAUGAAAAUUUUAGAAGAACUAUGCAAACAAUAGCAGCAAUAUUAGCUGACAAGUCCAGUUCACAAGCACUGGAUUGUCAGUCAGAGACUGCAGAACAUGGUGGAUCAAAGCAUUCAAAGGAUGAAUUAGAACAUGAAUUGAUGGCAGAAACUAUGCUAACGAGAGUACUGCGAGAGAAGCUAUGUGCCAAAGAACUGGAAAUUGAUCAACUAAAGGCAGACUUGGCUUCUUUGGUAAGGGUUCAUGAUGUCUUGCGGACUGAGAUUCAGAGGCUGCAGGACGAACUAUCCUGUCUCACCCACAAGGUGAAGGAUACAGAGCUUCAGAUGCUGAAGAAACAUGAAAGCAUUAAGCAGCUUCAGCAUGAUCUUCAAGAGUGCACAAAGGAACUGACUGCAACCCACAAUAUACUUAGGAAAGUUUCUGAGGAGAGGGACCAUAUGUGGGAGGAGGUGAAGCGUUCAAGAGAGGCAAUUAUGCUUCUGAAUCACGAGGCUCUUUCUCUUAAAAAGAAAAUUGAAGAACUUGAAGAAGAUGUUCUCACCAAAGAGGGUCAGGUUGCUAUCUUGAAAGACAGCCUUGGUGACAGGCCAUUUGAUAUCAUCUGUAGUCCUAGAUCAGUGAAAGAAUUUUCACUGGAAUGAGUAAAAAUGAGAUGAAGGCUGAUGAAUGUUCAUUUUAUUGGGAUGUUGUUCUCGGCUUCUGGAGCUAAUAUCAAAUAUCAGAAGAAAUCUUUCAAGGUUUUACAGUGUCAUGCUGGGUAAACAACCAUUAUUGAUAGAUACAGCUUGUACAUUUCAUAUAGUUUGUUUUUCUUUUUCUUUUUUUUUUUCUUUUUUUCUUCUUUUCCAUUUUUGUGUUUUUCAUUGAUUGAGCUCUUACAGAAUAAGUUUGCUGGUGUCAGGUUUUUUUUUCUUUAGUUUCUUUUCUAGUUAUCCAAAUGUUUGAUGGAGAAAGAUUACUGAUACAGAAAAAUGAGGGUUGUUUGAUAUUUUUUGUGUACAUGAAUGAGUUCGAUGGCAAACUUUAUGCAUUAAUUAUUGCAUUACUGAAUUUCUGGUUUUUUUGAAAAAAUAUUAUUGUUUCUUCUCUUGGGGGAUAAGCUACCUAGGUCUGAAUGGGCAAUUUCAAAAGGUGGUCUUUCGUUGCUGUGGAGUAUUGACAAGGACUGCAUUGUUGGAUGUGCCUCUCAUAACACGUUGAUCUGAAGACGCUGUUAUUUAAAAUAACCAAGAAGCAAAUGGGCUUCCUAAUGAUAGACCUCUUUCAUAUGAAUGUUUCCCUCUUCUCGUUUUGAUAUACAAGAUCACUUAUAUACAGUAAAUUGUAAAGCCAAGAUCAACAUUGGUCAAAUAGAAUGUCACAGAAAAUUUUGUUGUGAAGUAUAACAGCCUAUCAUGGCAGAUAUAUUACCGUUUGUUCAUUCAUGUCACAAUUGAUAUGUAGUUCAUAUGCACUUCAAAGCAAUUAUGGAUUAUACUUUUGUGAAUUGCCAAU